AUGGACAACUUCACGCCGGAGCAGUACGACCGGUUCGAGGCUUACCGCCGCCAUGCGCUGCCCAAGCAAGCAGUCAGAAAGGUUGUCCAGCAAGCGCUCGGACAGCAGGUCUCGCAGCCGAUCGCGCAGAUAAUCGCCGGUUUCUCGAAAGUCUUCGUCGGCGAAAUCAUAGAGAAAGCCCGAGCGGUCCAAUCGCGUCGAGGGGAAUCGGGACCAUUAUCCCCGGACCACCUGCGGGAAGCAUACCGGAUAUACCAGCAGGAGACAGGCAGGGUUGGCGCAGCUCGGCCAUUGCGCGCGAAGCGUCUCUUUGUACGUUAG